UUGGUGGAUUUCAAUAGGGUUUUGGGGGGUUUCUUGGAGUUGGAUUUAUUGAAAUUUUUAGGAGUUGUUUUAAAUUUUGGUGGGUUCCACUGGGAAUUUGUGGGAUUCUUGGGGGUUUUGGAGGGUAUUUUGGGAUUUUUUGUGAUGUUAGGUGAAAUGAACAGGGCAGGUGAUAUUCCUCCUUUUAAUGCCUUUUUUAAAGUGAUCAGCUCAAAGUGGGGUUUUGGCAGAUCUGGGGAGUUCUGCCGCCGCUCCCAGCAGUGACUCAGAAGAGGAGGAUUUGCAGCUCUGUCCCCUAGGGGCCAGAGCCCGGAGUCCUGUCCUCGCAAGAGCAGUGGGGGUAUACCCAGGUUUCUCAGUUUGGGUUAUCAGUCCAGGGGGUCCUGUGUCCGACUGGCAUCAUUUUUAGUUGGGGCGAGGAGUGACCGAGGUUUUCAAGCAUCUCUGCCGGCUUCGGACCUCGGCCCUGCUGUCCAGACACCACCCUGACUUCUCAAUUCCGCUUUGGCUCGUUUUUUUUGGGGUAUUUUCCAGGAUUUGGUGAAGGUCCCGUCCGAGUGCAGUUUAUGGUUUGAGAUAAAUUUGCAUGUCUCCUGAGAUGCAAAUUUCUCCCUCUCUCCACCGUCUGAGGGGAGGUUGUCAUCCUCCUGGCAACAGGCUAGGGUGGUUCUGAAAAACAAGAAUUCUCCACAAUAGAGAGUUAAACGGUGGUACUUAAGGAUACUCAAGGGGUGAAUCCAACAUUUCACUAACAAAGAACUCUUGGCCAGCGAUCAAUUCCUAGCUCAACUGAAAACUCCUCUGCAGCUCCUUCUCUUAAAAAAAAGGGGGUGAGUCAUUUAGUCCAAUGCUAGAAGGUGAGAGGGAGAAGGUGAAUCCCGGUCCAAUACCAGAGGAAGACUGUGGUGUAGAUUCUGGCCCGAUGCCAGAGGGAGAAGCUGAUGUUGAAUCCUGGUCCAAUACCAGAGGAAGACAGCGGUGUGGAUUCUGGCCCAAUGCCAGAGGAUGCGAGUGGUGUGGAUUCUGGCCCAAUGCCAGAAGGAUUUCCCAUUCCCAAGCCCUGGGAGGCUGUGAGGAAGAGGAAAUUGCCCCAGGACAGUGAGGCAGAGCAGGAGCUGAGUAUGGAGAGCAGGGAGGACAAAUCCCCGAGGCAGAACCUGAGGGAAGAGGCCGUUUUGAGCGACUCCUCGGCACAGGAACCCAACGGGGAGGAAAAGCCCUGGAGAUCCCGCACGAGGAGGGGCUGCAAACGCAGAUCGCAGGGAUCUGAGGGGGAAAGAGCCAGCCUGGGCCAGGAAAGCGGCCGGAGAUCGAGCCGGAGCUCGGAGCUGGUGAUCCAUAAGCAGGUUCAUAAUGGGGAGGAACCCCACAAGUGCUCAGAGUGUGGGAAGAGCUUCAGGUGGAACUGCCACCUGAUUGUGCACCAGAGGACCCACACUGGGGAGAGGCCCUAUGAGUGUGGGGAGUGUGGGAAGAGCUUCAGCCGGAGCUCUAGCCUCAUCCACCACCAGAAGAUCCACACUGGGGAACGGCCCUACGAGUGUGAUCAGUGCAGGAAGAGGUUUCAGACCAGCUCCAGUCUCCUCGUGCACCAGCGCACACACACAGAGGAGAGGCCCUUCCGCUGCUCCGACUGCGGGCAGGGCUUCAGGCACAGCUCCCAUCUUGCCAUGCACCAACAAAUCCACACUGGGGAGAGGCCCCACGAGUGUGGGGAAUGUGGGAAGAGCUUCAGCCGGCGCUCUACCCUGAUCCACCACCAGAGGAUCCACACUGGGGAGAGGCCCCACCAGUGUGGGGAAUGUGGGAAGAGCUUCAUCCAGCGCUCUACCCUGAUUCACCACCAGAGGACCCACACUGGGGAACGGCCCUACAAAUGUGGGGAGUGUGAGAAGGACUUCAGAAGGAGCUCUGAACUCAUCAAGCACCAGAAGACCCAUACUGAGGAGGGGCCCUAUGAGUGUGCAGAAUGUGGGAAGAGCUUCAGCUGGAGCUCCCAGCUGAUCAAACACCAGAUGAUCCACACUGGGGAAUGUCCCUACCAGUGUGAUCAAUGCAGGAAGAGGUUUCACACCAGCUCCAGUCUCCUCCAGCACCAGCGCACGCACACAGAGGAAAGGCCCUUCCGCUGCCCUGACUGCGGGCAGGGCUUCAGGCAGAAUGCCCAUCUUGUCAUGCACCGACAAAUCCACACCGGGGAGAGGCCCCAUGAGUGUGAGGAAUGUGGGGAGAGCUUCAGCCGGAGCUCCACCCUGAUCCGCCACCGGAGGACCCACACUGGGGAACGGCCCUACAAGUGUGGGGAGUGUGGGAAGAGCUUCAAACAGAGUGCCUAUCUGAUUCAGCACCAGAACAUCCACACUAGGGAACGGCCACACAGAUGUGGGAAAUGUGGGAAGUGCUUCAGACAGCAUUCCCACCUGAUCCUCCACCAAAAGACCCACACUGGGGAGAGACCCUACAAGUGUGAUAAAUGCAGGAAGAGGUUUAAGACCAGCUCCAGUCUCCUCAGUCAUUAUCUGAUUCACUCAGAGGAGAGGCCCUUCUGCUGCUCCGACUGUGGGAAGGGAUUUAAGCGAAACUGCACCCUCAUCACCCACCGGCGCAUCCACACCGGGGAGAGGCCCUACGAGUGUGAGGAGUGUGGGAAGAGCUUCUCACAGCGCUCUCACUUGAACAAACACCAACGGAGCCACCAGUAAGGGAAGCCCUGUGAGUGCCCCAAGUGCAGAAAGAGCUUCAUGCGCUGCUCCAGCUCUAUCCCCCGCUGGAGGAGCCAUGUUGGGCAGGGCCCUGGUGCCCCACAUUCCCAGUGAUCCAUGGUGGGAAUACCCCUGUGUGCUUAUCCUUUUGGUUUGGCCUUAAUUUGCUUGUGCUUCAUCUUUAUUUCUUAAAAACAGCCAUAACAGUGUUAAAUGAAAUAAAUUGACCAAAAAUAUCUGAAGUUCCACAAUUUCACAGGCAGUUUAGGGGGAAUUUAGGACCUGGGGAUGCAUUCUGUGUGGAGUGCCCCUGUUGCUAAGAGGCAGGAACUUGAUCUCACCCUUCUUGUGUUGCUAAGAUCUCCUCCCUUUACCCAAACCCCAACUCCACCCCUUGGAUACCCUAUAGAAACCCCAUGUCUCUGCCUUUUCCCUGUCUUUUGGGGGUAAGAAAUGGAAUUCUGGAGCUUUCUGACACCAAGCACCGUCUCAUUUGUUCCUGGCACCGGCAGCUGCAGCCUCCCUGGACACCAUGAACUCUGGAGAAUGGGGGCAGCCAGUGAGGACAGGUCCUGGAUUGCAAGAUAAGUGUGUGUUGUGUUUGCCAUCUGUCAGAGGUGGGGCAGUUAUCUUCUGUUCAUUGGGCAAUUUUCUUUAUCUCUUCCAAACCAAUCCUCCCUCCAGGAUAUAUCUUCUGUCAAUGGGCCAUUAAUUAUUAAUUAUCUUCUGUUAAUGAGCGACUGAGUGUCACUGCAUGGCUGAUAAAAUGGUAUCAUCCCAUUGGGAGGUGCUCUGCCCAGGGGGAGGAGCCAAGCGAUUCUAACUGGAUAGAAUCUGAGGUUUGGAACACCAUAGCAGCCUUUUCCCUCUGGAUUCCUAGAGGAUCAGCCUUUUCCCACUGGAUUCCCAGAGGAAGACCAGGCCCAUCUACACCUCCUCUGGUUGUUUAGAGGAGAACUCCACCUUUCUCCAGGAUCCCUGCUCCAACAGAGCCACACCUGGCACUGCAGGAGGGCUGCAGCCACCAUUGACUGGGACUGUUGCCAACACCCUGAACCACAGGAUGUCAGGUUCUGUUCUGACUCUGUCAGUGCUUUUUUUGUUUGUACUACUGCAUUUGUAUUUUUAACUUUUCUUCAAAAAAGAACUGUUAUUCCUAUUCCCAUAUCUUUGCCUGAGAGCCCCUUUCUAAAUGAUAACAAUUCAGAGGGAGGGGGUUUGCAUUUUCCAUUCCAGGGGAGGCCCCUGCCUUCCUUAGCAGAAACCUGGCUUUUCAAAACAGGACAAUAACAAAGUUAAUUUAACACCACAGAUAUAAAAUCCGUUUUAAUAUCUGUGAAAAGCCAAUAUUAUUGUUAUGUAUCCAUAACAAUAGUGACUCUAAAAACAUGGGGGUAAAAAGCUUACGGGGAGGGGAAUUCCCAGUAAGGGGAGCAAAAUUCCCAGUACUUGGACUGGGCCAUGGGACUGACAUCCACCAUCACUCAGCGAGAGGUUUAUUGUUAUGGAUACAUAUUAUAAUAUUGGCUUUUCAUAGAUAUUAAAAUACAUUUUAUAUGUGUGAUGUUAAAGUAACUUUGUUGUAAAGAUAUAAUUUUUAUUUCUGCUGUUAAUAAAGCUUCAUGAAAUA